ACAUGCACGACGCGAGGGAUUCGAUCCAAGCAACUCUGACACUGCCGCCAAGUUUACCGCAGAUUGUGCGCAGCAUCCGUCGCGAUUCGUGAUCCACAAUCCAUUUGGCAGUCGAUUGUCGUCACCAAGCGUACACAAAACCAUAGAAGAAUUAAUCGCGGUCGCCCAUUUGUUGGCAUUAGCAGAAGGUCAAUGUUUGUUUUUGGCGUACAGAGCUUGGUCGUCGGGAUCAGUCGUUAAAAUAAGGGGGGAGAUCGAGUAAGCAGCACUCCGCCGAUGGAGAAGUUCGUGGGAUUGAGCGCAGACAGCAGCUGCUAUUUUAGAUUCGUGCUCUCCGAGCUGUUCGAAAUUUGACGCUCGUCUGCGGUGGGCAGGCUUGGAGGGUUCUGGUGAUUCGUUGCAGCUGCCGGGCUGACAAAUCUCUGCAACCAUAGCAUAGUGAAAUCAGAAGGUUGAGUAGAUCCAUUCCACUGAUCUUGUCCACAGGGAUAAUCAUGCAGUCUUUUCGCACUUUAUUGCUUGGAGCCGAGCCCGUCUCCGAGUUCAGUGUGAGGAUUUAUUCUUCUUCUUCUUCUUGUUCUCCUCUUGCGAAACUUUAGUUGCAGUUCGACGGGGGCUGUAAAAAUCUCAAGCUUCUCAAUGGCGUUUGAGGCGCCACAAUCUUUGAAUAGAAGCACACAGUUGAUGGUGCCAAGGGACUCUCCCCGACAUGAGGUGAGUGGGACACCUAGGGCAUCAAGAGGGCUCUUCAACCGGUGGGCUUGCGGGCGAGAGUUUAGAGUGGACAGUUUGAGCAUCUCUCAACAAAAUUUGCUGGUAAACGAUGGCCCUACGUCUGUUGAUUUUGUUCGACAUGACGAGUUUCUCAAGGAUGACGAGAUACCUGUGGUGGACAUGGCCCUAUUUGAGGGCGACGCCGACACCUCGAAGAAGAGUGUUGAGCAAAUGGUGAAUGCGUGCGAGGAGUGGGGAUAUUUCUAUCUAGUAAAUCAUGGGGUGGAGUUAGAGCUUAUGGAGAAGGUGGAAACACAGGCUUACGAGUUCUUUCAAUUGUCGACCGCGGAGAAAGAGAAACACGCGUCUCACUAUUCCUUGUUGGAAAAGGUCAAGCGGUGGUCUGAGGGGAUUAUAUUGAAACCUGCGGAAACUAACUUGGAUGAUUACGACAACCAGCUCUCACCUCCGGAGAACAACCAUGAAUUUUCGACCGUAGUGAAGGAAUAUGAUGAUGUCAUGAAGAAGCUUGCCAAGCGCAUUGUGAAGCUUCUCGUCGUCGGAUUAGGGGUGAAGGCCUGGCGGUUCGAUGAGUUCCUUGAAGGGGUUGAAGCCACAUUACGAUGGAAUUACCAGCCACCAUGUCCACGACCUGAGAAUGCAAUGGGCCUCAGUCCUCACACUGACCCGUAUCUCAUCACGUUGCAACAUGACAGUGGAAUUGGAGGCUUGCAGAUUUACCGAAAAGGAGAAUGGCUAGGCAUUCCUCCUCGAGCAGACGCUCUGCUCGUUAAUAUUGGUGAUGUGUUUGAGAUCUUAACAAAUGGCAAGUUCCAGAGCCCUUCCCACAGGACAGUUGUGAACAAGGUGGAAGGACGUCUGUCGGUAGCGCACUGUCUGGCACCAGCAAAGAUGGUGACCCUCAUCCCGCCACCAGAGUUAUUACGAUCUGCACCCAACCAGUACAAGGCACGGACUUACGCGGAAUAUAUGGGCGCCAGAAAGAGGCAAGAAUCAAGCAAUUCUCUGGAGUUUAUGAAGUUGCCAACUAGCGUGUGACAGCAAACGCAAUCCUAGCGCACACAACUGUUCAUUUACGGCCGAAGGAUUGUUCUGCCGUUACCUAUGGAAACAGCAGAUCAAUCCUUCGACCGAACUGGGGUAUAAUGCCGCGAUUGUGCAAUUCUCAGUUUGCGAGCUCUGCGACUUCCAUUCAUCAACUCAGUGUUGGACAGAAGAAGUUGAGGGUUGCAAGGGAUACAGAUUGUUGAAAGAUGGGUACCUGUACAACAAUACCGAUAACUGAAUUAGAGCAGAGGUACCAUAUCCUACAUAGUAAUCACAAUUAAAUGGCCCAUAUUUUGUUGUGUUUUGUGAAAAUUUCUCAUUGAAUAGAAAGUGACCAUACUUCUUACGAUAUGAUAUUCA